AAGUACACUUUACUUCCGGUUAAAUGUCAUAACAGUGAUAUUUACAUUUAUGACGCAUCAAUUGUACCUCUUAUUUUGACUUCUGUGAUGGCUUUCCAUCCACAUUCAGACGCGGAUGAGACGUUUGAUUAUUUGUUUAAAAUUGUAUUGAUUGGUGAUGCGGACGUGGGAAAGACGUGUAUAGUUCAAAGAUUUAAAUCUGGCACCUACGUUGAAAAGCAUGCUAGCACAAUUGGUGUUGAUUUUACAAUGAAAACUCUGCAAAUCGAAGGAAAACUAGUGAAGCUGCAGAUCUGGGAUACUGCUGGUCAGGAAAGAUUCCGAACAAUCACCCAGAGCUACUACCGCAGUGCCAAUGGUGUCAUCAUGGCCUAUGACAUCACUAAGAAAACCUCAUUUGAUAGUCUGCCAAGAUGGCUAGAUGAUGUGAAACGUUAUGCUGGCCAGAGUAUUGUACAGAUUUUAAUUGGAAAUAAGAGAGAUCAGGAAAGCAUGAGGGACGUAAACUACUCCGAGGCGAACUCAUUUUGCCAACACCACAACAUGAUAGCCCAUCUGGAAACUUCAGCAAAGGAAAAUGUCAAUGUCGAUGAAACAUUCAUGAAACUUGCAAAGGAGUUGAUGCGGCGAUAUGGAGGCAAUGUAUCUCUGGACAAAGGGGACUCAGAAAGAGUCAAGCUUGACUCAAAAGCUGUUGGAGGGGGCUGGACAGGCUGCUGUUCAAGCUAGGGACUCAAGGGGCCUGGAAAGGAGAACGAGGACUGGUUAAGGGGAUACAAUUAUACACAUUUAUGUGUAAAGUUUGCUUGCAGUGAAGAGCAGUUGUGCUCUUUAUUCAAGCACCCUGCUGAUACUGACUGAAAGAGAGUGUGACCUUUGUGUAACUGGGCUUGCGCAAAGGAAUCCAUUUGUAGGUACCCAUUUGUCAUGUCAUCACUACAACCCAUACAUACACUGAUACCACUCCAACGGGUAAUUAGGCUUACGACAGAUAUCAAUUUGUAGGAAGUCAUCAACCUUACACAUACUUAUAUCAUGUUUUCACGAGAACCCAUGUUAUAUUUUUGGUUAGCACAACAAAAGGGAAUUUGGGCAUAUGGGCUUCUGAAAAGAAUCCAUUCAUAAGGAGUUGUUCACCUUUUUUAUGCUUGUGUCAUCGUUUGGUUUUAAGAGAAUGUUGGAAUCUUACAAGGUAUUUUAUGUAUGUUACUGGUAUUUGAUGAAUUUGUAAGCUUGUCUGUUUUUCAUACAAUCAUUGUGAUGCCUUGAUGUCAUUGUUGGCAGCAUUGUUCAGUGCUUCAAUCUGCUACGAAUCCCGUGCCCUUCACCCAUUGUUUGAAUUCUUGAGGACCAAUUAAUCUUAAACAGGAUGCUCUCUAAAUUUUUAAGUAACAUUUGAACAGAGCUGUGCUGGGCCUCACAAGUUUCUGUUCAGGAUCCAUGGUUCUAAGUUAUAUGCGAGUCCAAGAAAAACAAAUUUAAUCUGAUUUCAAAAAUGAAUCACUUAAAUCUUGGCCAUAACUCAACAUUGUUCUAUAUUUUAGUGAAACUUAGUAAACACAUUGCCAACAACAACAUGUGCAUGUAGAGCAAGGUCAAUAACUCUGGUGUUGAUAAUUGUUUAGUAAUGACCCUUUUGAAGGGAUAAAAAACAGGCGAGUGUUUACAACUGCUUUCAGGGCUCUUUGUUUCAUGUAAAAGAUGCUCAGCCUACUGAGCUGAAAUUUGUUGAUAAAAUAUAAGAAAUUCUUGUACUGGCUAGCUGUGCUAGAUAAUAUGAUGAUUUUUUCUGUUACCUACACACAUGUCAGCUAUACAUUUUUGUGAUAUCUUUAUUUCAUUUUCUGGUCAGGAUUACUCAGUUCCUUAAAUAUUGUUGAAUGUUUUAAUCAUGUUAAUGCUUAAAACUAUUACUUUAAGUCAUUUUCAGUCGACUUUAUGGCGCUUUGAUAUUUUUAUUGAAAACGUAUAUUUUUUUCACAAGAUUUUAGUUUUUAUUGAUAUUUUAUGUCUAGAUUUCCUUGUGAUUCACUGUAUAAACUUUAAGAUAUUGUGUACUAAUAAUGUGUAUCAUGUGUUUCCAUGUCAGAAUGAAAAAUUUGACUUCAGGACACAUUCGAAAGCCAGUAACGAGGUUUGUGAUGUGCCCAAGUGUCAAUUUAUUUAUCUGAACAGAAAACACAGCAUAUAUUUUUUUCCAACUGACCUUAAAUUUUCCAAUUGAGUAAAAAUUGAAAUAUAAAUAGAUUUUUUGUACAUUUUUUACUAAAUAGUGCAAUGUUAUGUACUGAUCUUCUGAUGUGUAGUAAUUUUAUUUGAAUAUUGGCUUCAAGUAGUUCCUUUAAAAAUGUGCUUUUUUAAAGCUAAUUUAUUUCAUUUUGCAUAUAUAUAUUUUGUAAAAAUUAUGUAUUCGAUUGGGAUCUUUUAAAACUGCAUAAUUUAGUUUUAAAUAACUCAUCUAGAAUGAGGGGUUGCCAGGCUGAAUAUUCCACCAAGGCCAUAUUCUUUAUGGAAUCCCAAGAACUUGGGAAUCAGUGUGAUGUACAUAUUGUCAUUAUAAGGCUGUUGUGGCAUUAAUGCUAUUUAGUCUUCAAAACUAUAUAUAUAGGGAAAAAGUUACACUUACUUAGUAAAUAAGAUCUGAUUGGGUUUUAACCAGUGAAAUCAGUAAUUUUUACAGAACCUGGAUAAGAAGAUAUAAAUAUAAUUGCAAACACUCGUCCAGUUAAAAUUUGUUAGCCCUUAUUAUGUUUAUUUAGGCGUGCGGCUGUGCCACAUGUUUCCUGAUCAAUGUACAAACACCAACUUAUUUUAAGCAAUAAAAACUUGCAGUGAGUGUAAUACAUUUACAUUUUUCGCAAACUCUCAUAAUUACAUGUCUGUCAGUUUCAAACUUUCGAAAAGGGUCCAAGAAAAUAUUUUGUUGUUUUCAUUUUUGCUUUUGAAGUAAAUAUUAUGUUGUUGUUAUAAAGAUUGUGUCAUUGCAAAUGUCUCUUGCACUAACUCUUCAUGUUACACUGAAGCAACAUGUAACUGACCACCACUUGUUACGCAGAUAUAAACGCUGUAAAUUGUUCUAUGUACAUGUAUGUUAAAAAAAAUAGUAUUGUUUGUCUCAAAAUUAAUUUAGCUUUAAUUGUAGUUGUAAAACGCACACAUUAUAGGUAAAUGUAAAACAAAUCAUUUUAAUGCAUUAUCAUGCUUUGACUUUAUUGAUAAAAACAAAAAAAACAUAUUAUUUUGGUACAGUUAAAAAAUAUUAGCCUUUAUAAAUGUGUUUCUUUUUUCUUUUCUUUUUAAUUGAUAGCUAUGUGCCCCCAAAUUCUACAGUAAAUAUAACGCCAAAAUAUUGCAAAGAGGGUGAGAGUGGUCUACUGGUAUAGGUGUCCGCCUCUCACCCAAGAGGUUGUGGGUUUGAUCCCUCAAGGGGUACUUUCGAAUAGCCUCUUAAAAAGGACACAGUACUGGUUUCUGCCCAGGAAACGGAAUCGAGAGUGAUUCCAUAAGCUAUCAGCUUUCGUCACAAUCGAGCUUAAAUAAAUUAGUAUAAACCAAAAUAUUGCAAAUGUUUUUUAUCUGAACUUUAAUCAUAAGCAUUUUUUUGUUUUGAUCAUUAAAGUCAAAUGACUUAAACUAGAAAAUGCAUUGGUAUUAAAACUCCUUUGUUUAUAUCAACCUAUGUUGUGUGCCUUUAAAAGAUUCGUUUUUGCAUACUUACCAGUUUCAUGUAGUUCUAAUUUAUUCAGGAAAUGUAUUUCUGUGAUGAGCAAUACUGUUGAAGUGCAAUAUGUUCACAUAUAUAAUUAUUAGGAUGUUUACUUUGAAAUUGAUUGUGAAGUUUAAAACUUACACUUGUUAUCCCUGAAGAGCAGAAAAGAAUUGUUGGUCCAAAUUGAAUUGGUGAAAAUAAAUAUUUGCUUUAUUAAUUCCUAGUGCAUGAGAAAAAAAAAAGCCAAAGCAAGGACUGGAGGCCAAUAUUUCUGUAAUGCUACAAAUAUGUGAAUAUCAUGUAUUUACAUUAAAAAUGCUCAGGAGACAAAAAGGUUAAUUAACAUUUUUUGAUCUUAUGUUUUUAUUCUGACUGAUUCAAAACUAACAUUUCUUACUAACUUAAAAAAAAGCCAAGAUAUUGUCAAAGCCAUUGGGCUGGUUUCAUGAAAAUCUCAAAAGAAGCAACACUUCCCUAUUUGAAAUCCAAUAAUCCUUUCAGACAGUAAUGAUAACAACUCCAUCAGAAGGCCGAAAACUCUUCACUUAUUCCGUUACAUGACUUUGAUUCUUUGUUAAAACAUACCUGUGGUUCUUGUGCAAGGACUUGCUCAGAGACUUAACAUAAAAUUAAUAAAUUUACAAUUGGAACACAUGUAACAUGUAGACACGGCCUAACUUAGUAAAAAGUGUGAAGACUGUGUUCUAGAAUUUCCAGGGCAUAUCCUCCACCCUACCUGAAAUGUGUUUUGAUGUUUAUUUCAUAUUGUAAAAUAUUUUUUCAACAAAAUCAAUACCUUUUAUGGGGGAAAAGUGUAAGUGGCAGCCCAUACAGGCUAUAAGAACCUUCGCCUCUGGUAAACUAUGGCUGUACACACAGUAGUAGUAAGCCCCAUAACUCUUGCCAUGAAAGUUGUGGAGUUAGAGUCCUUGAUUGACUGAGCAAUAUGUAUGAGUAUUCACAUUCACCGGCAGUUCUGUUGUGACACAUCCUCUAGUAUCUUGCCUGACUUAACUUUUUCUCCAGAGUAAAAUUGUGAUAAAUUUCAUUCCAUGUUGAUUUUUGUUUCUUAUUUUACUGGUAAACUGUACUUACUUUUAUAUAAAAGUAGUUGCUUUAGUUGCUUCAUUUGAUUUUGAGUUGAUUUCAUCCAUGCUCCAAUUUGAUAAUAAAACAGAUAUUACCUGUUAUUAGUUUUAAGUGGUUUUUAUGCAUUUAUAUUCACAGAAAUUAAUGGAUUAGCACCAAUUUUUUUCUUAGUUUGUAAAUAGUUUGAAAUGUGUUCUUACGAAAUUUAUGUUAUUUUAGAAAUAUUAUCAAUAUUUGAUUUUAAUCUCAUGUCAUCAAUUUUGUAUGAAAAUAAUUAGUACCGUAUGUAACCGACAUAAUUAAAUGUACAUAAAUCUGGAUGAUCAUUAAAUUCAUAAAAUUGUAUGUAUAUAAAUUUGGAUGGCGAUUAGUGUGCAAAAGCUUUUUGCCAUUUUAUGUCAGAUUAUUAUGAUAUAUUGUUCACUUGCAUGAUCAUGUUAUUGCAAAUGUUUUCUCUGUGUUCAACAUGGUAAUAAAGAAUAAAUUUACAUGAACUGUG